AUGCAGUCCUCGACGCGGUGGGGACGGGUUAUUAGCCGGUGCCGCCUCCGCGCCCGGCCAUAUUGUUCCGACGCCUGGCUCGAGCGCCGCCGCCGGCCGCCGCGCCAAUCGCUCCUCCGACUAACGCUAAUUCGCUCUGUCAAUAUUUGAACUGUAGUGCCGCUCCGAUGAUUUCACCAGAAGAAGCCGAGCCGGUGGCUGGGAAGGCAAGAUGUCGGCAUAGCUGAUUGACGUUGAUAUACGGCUGUGUCACAUCGAGCCAGCUCAAUCCACCGGCGUUCUACUCUCGAAGAUCGUGGUUGCACCCUAGCGAAGAAGGAAUUCGGAUCGCUCCCGAGUCGCGUUCCGCGCCCGCCCGGAGAGGGCGCUUUGACAGCUGUCAUCGAGCUUUCUCGUUUCUCGGGCGGCCGUGGGACGAGUCGAGUAAAAUUUUUAUUUAUAUCACACACGACGAUGUUCCCGUAGAGUGCGACCGGCUGUGUACGUGCGUGACGAAACGAUACGAAAACACGACGACAGAAUGGCGAACGAGGAGGUUUUGGGGCCGCGGAAGACGAUGUUCGUUCUAGUGAUUGUUGUGGGGUGUUUCGCGGUGCUGUGGCCUAGGAUCCUGUCGCCUCUGAUGCUGGGCCAGGGGCAGCUGAAGCCGAACCAGCUUGACCGGGACGCAGGAUGCUGCGAAGUCAUCUUCGAAUCAGAAAUGGCCGUCCUUGAGCUAGUAAACGAAGUAUGCAGCUCCGCCGUCGGAAAAGACGGCUUAUUGUCCGCAUAUGCAGCCGCUGAAUGCCGGAAAACCGUCAACGAGACCUGCGGGCUGGACAUAGCUGCUUUCUUGAAAAGAACUGAUAAUGUUGGGAAGUCAACGAAGGUGCUACUGAAUACGAUGAAAGAGAGCAACAGCUCGUGCUUGAAGGAGCAUUUCGGAGUGCCUGUCUGGAGUCUUGGUGCACAUCCAGCAUUGAACUCUUGGGCGAUACAAGAUGACAGCGUGAAGCAAGAACGCUCGCCAAUCCUCGGCGCAGGCCCGCACCCCGCGCUGCGGGAGCGCGGCCGGGCCAUCCCCCCCGGCGCGCCCACACCCCCCUCGCGUGGGCCUGUGCCCAUGCCCCCGCACGCAAGGGUACGGUCGCCGUUGUCUAUGUACUUUGACGUGGAUAUUAAGCCUCCACCGAUUCCGGGCAUGCGGCCGCCGCUAGGGUCCCCUGGUGGACCCGUACCGGCCCCCAAGUCUUCCAUGGGCUUCGUGAUGCCAAUCUACACCAUCUGCAUCAUCGUCUUUUUCGUCUACACGCUGAGCAAGAUACUCUUCAAGAGAACUGGCUCCAUACCCUAUGAGCAAGUAGCUCCCGACCCUCAGUUCCGUCGCAGAGUCUUCAGGGAUGACUCCAGGACUUCACCUGAUUCUAAACUGGUUGUCACGGCCAUAUCGGGCCUGGUAGCGGAGGUGCACCAGCAGAUGGAAGCGAGCUACGCACAGAGCCAGCAACGACAGGAAUCUCAAGAAAACCACACACGGCCAUACACAAAUGGUUCCGUCCACAGCUCGCCUAUUAUCGUAGCUAGCGAAUAUGUAGAGUCCAAGGAGAAGACUCCAGAGCCAGAAGUUGAACCGAAAGAACCGAGUCCAGAAAAAGAGGCAUCCGUUGAAGCAGCAGAACCGAGCCCAGAGAAAGAGGCAUCUCGUGAAUCAGCAGAACCGAGCCCAGAGAAAGAGGCUUCGCCUGAACCAGCAGAACCGAGCCCAGAGAAAGAGACUUCCCCUGAACCAGCAGAACAGAGUCCAGAGAAAGAGGCUUCCCCUGAACCGGCUGAAGCAACCCUAGAAAAAGAGGCUACACCUGAACUUGAGCCGAAGGAACCAAGCCCUGAAAAGGAACCCACACCAGAACCAGAACAAUCCGAGGAAGAAUUACUAGAAAAAGAACCAGAACGUUCUCACAUUGAAGAAGAAUUGUUAAAACUGUCAGAAGAUAUUAAAGAAAAGAAGGAUAACUUGGCAAAGUCCACGAAAGACUUUUUGAACGAAGCCAGGGAAAAUGCGGAGAAGACUGUAGAAUUGCUGAAGGAAGCUUUGAAAGAAGAUUCUCCAGUAGAAGAGGAAGAAGAAGAGGAAGUUGAUCCUGAUAAGGAAGUCAGCGUUAAGGUGGUGGGGAUGGAACUGACGGCGCACACGGCGGGCGGCCGCGCCGCGCCCGCGCCCGCCGCCGCCUCCGCCUCCGCCUCCGCUCCCGCGCCCGCGCGAUCGCACGAGGCCGACGAGGUGAAGUCGAUAUUCCUGGAGACCCAUAUCCCGCAGCAGUCCAGGGUGCUGGUGGCGGAUUUUGAGGACAAAGCCAAGCCGCACAAGAAACAUGAACCGACGGUGGUCAGCGGCAAGAUGACUUUGUCUCUGAUCCAGGAUACGCCGCAGGAGCAGGACCUGCCCGACAUCGACCCAGAAUCGACGAUGGAUGACUUCACCACAGCGAGUGCCAUGACCCAGCCGGUUGCAGAGAAAGAGGGGGAAUCGUCAGGCGAGGAGAUCGAGGAGGAAAUAGAAAUAGAAGAGAUCGAGGAUGAAGAAGAUGAUGAUGAACCGGGGCUAGAAGAGCAGAAAUGAACUGAUUUACUCUAGUCGUUGGAAAAACCUGAUUUAAACCUUAUAAUACAGUGCAUACGGUUGUUAUUUGCUUACUACCUACUGUUAUUUGUUAACUUUUUCUGGUCAUGCUUUACUAUAACUGCUUGGUAAAUUGAAACCUUAUUUUACAGAUAAUUUUAUUUACUAAGUUUAUUCUAAAGGAUAUUGUGGUCGAGUCUAGUUAUCGUAACUUCAGCUUGGGACAGUAUUUGAGUUAACCUUAUUUUAUACUAAAGAGCAAUGAAAGGGUUCACUUUGAAAAUAAAUUUACAUAGAAAGCUACUCGUUUUCAUUGCUAUUAAGUGGUGUUUACCUAUACUCUGUAUCUUGAGGUAUUUCAAUAAAAGUAAACAAAAUCUACCCUCAAAUGGCUCCUUAAGCCAGUUGAGGGUAGAUGAAAACAUUACAUGAUCAAAUAAUGUAGGUUAAAGUCAGGUCGUUCAGUCACUGAUCCAGGCGGUUUUGUAUUUGGUUGGUUAACCAAUAAAUGUUAUAACUACCCGAAAAUUUAUGAAUUGUUUGUUUACUUUUAUUUCAAUACCGAAAGAUACAGAGUAGAGUAUGGUGAAGUCUUACAAAAUACAUAAAUUAAUGAAAAAUCGUUAUGUUGUUCCUAAAAUAUAUUUUAAACAAAGCCAGGUUUAGACUCGAACCGAAUUUAAACCUUGCUGCAAAUGCAAUAAGGUCUCAAUUUCAACGUAAUAGAUGACGUGUUUAGUAUUGCCAGUUUAAAAAAAAAAUGUGAAUAUUAUUCGUGUUCAAAUGUUAUUUAUGUGCCAAAUUUCCUUCCAAACUUAAAUAAAUUUUGAAGCUUUUUAAAUUAACAUAUUUAAAGAUACUUGAAAGUCUGUAAUUUAGCCAAAUUAUUUCGACGCGUGCGCAUAGGUUUAAAAUUAUGACAUCGUUAUUUGAUUUUUAAAUACGUUAUACAUAAGUUCAUAUUGACUUGAUUGAUACAAUACAUAUUAUUACUAAUUUGAAAUAUAUUUAUAUAAUUCACAAAGGUCCUGUAGUCUUGUUAGUACACUUAUUUACAAUGCAAAAGUAAUAUUUUAAUAUUAAGGACAUCAGAAUUACAUUUUAAUACUCGAAAUAGCAAUAAGGUUUAUCGUAAAUUAAUUAUUACUGUCAAUAUAAUUAUUGUAAACGUAUUUACAAAGUAUUUUAUUAAAACUAUGCACUUCAGUGUUUGAAAUAGCAAUAAUUGUGCAUUUAAGAGUAUAAUUAUUUUGUUAAAACUUUUAUUAUUUAACCAUAUCCUCUGUACAUGAGAAAUAUUUGUUAAAGUGUUGCCAGAUAGAAAAGUCCAGUGGCUUGUUAUAUUUUAUUUUAUAUACUUACCAUUUUAUUAUUUUGUAUUGUGCAAGACCAUUAUACACCUAUCAAAUAAAGAUAUAUUAAGAAAUGAGAAUUGGACUUCCUAAAAUUAUAACACAUCUUUUUUGCUUAAAACAUUCCCUUUCUCAUUCUUUCACAAAUGUUUUUAUGAUCAUGAUUUUUGUCGAUUGUUUUACACAAGUAUAAUUUAUUUAUUUAUAAAAUAGUGAUGUUAAUGUUAUUUUAACAUUUUUAUCGUAGCAUUUUGUUAAAAUCGCGUGACUAAGAUUUUGUACCUUAUAUUUAACCUUUUGACCGCCAAAGACGUCAUAGGACGCGCGCGGCUACAGUCCAAUAUCAACCUUCAUGCGUACCGACAAGGUUCACGAUUACGCGCCGCGUGCGAUAGGCGUGGCGUUCAAAAGGUUAAGAUCUAGUUAUAGUCAAGUAGGGGUGUGAAAUGUUGGGAGUAGGUAAAUAGUUAAAAUUCGUUUUAGGUACAGAAUUUAGUUGAACAAGCGAUGACCAGUUUUUUAGGUGUUUAAGAAAUAAAAGAAAUUAACGUAAAA